AUGUCUGGGACCUUCCUCCACCUGCUACUGCUGGCGCUCGCCGGGCUCGCCGCCGCCAACCACAACCGCAGGAACCGUCCAGUACUCCGCCAGGAUGCUGGUUUGUACCCACUUGAGUACUCUCCGAUCAGUUCCAGUCUACUUUCCACUUCCGUUGACAAGCGUAUCCCUGUUGAGUUCCAGAACUCUGCCAUCCCAGUGAAACAGUUCUCUACGGCUGCUCGUGAUAUUCUUACAACUGGUUCCGCGGGGCAGCAGUUUGGUAUCGUUCGUCCAGUUGGUGCAUUGACAGAUUUGAAGACAAUAUUGCCGCAGUUGAAGGCGAUGCUCCCGGAGUUGAAGGCACUACUACCAGAGUUGAAAAUACUUCUCAUCGAAUCUAAGCCUGAUAUCAAGACAUUACUGCCUGAGUUGAAAACUCUGAUAAUAGAGACUAAGCCAGAGUUGAAGCGACUGAUCAUCGAAAGCAAUCAAGAGUUGAAGGCUUUUCUUCCAGAGCUGAAGAAAUUAAUCAUAGAGUCCAAGCCUGAGUUGAAAGCAUUACUCUUAGAUCUGAAGUCGCUAAUUAUCGAAUUAAAGCCUCAGUUGAAGAAACUUUUCAACGAAUCUAAGUCCGAGAUAAAGGGAUUACUCCUCGAAUUCAAGUCUGAGUUGAAGAGACUACUAGUUGAGUUGAAGGUCCUACUCCCUGAGUUUAGGUCAAUAUUUCUUGAGCUAAGAUCAAUAUUUCCUGAGCUGAAGUCAAUAUUCUUUGAAUUGAAGUCAAUUCUUCCCGAGUUGAAGUCAAUUCUUCCCGAGUUUAGGUCGAUUCUUCUCGAGUUGAGGUCAAUUAUCCCCGAAUUGAGAGCCAAUAUUCCAAAAUUGAGAACCUAUAUUCCUGAACUGAGAACCUAUAUUCCUGAACUAAGAUCCUAUAUCCCUGAACUAAGAUCAUACAUCCCUGAACUAAGAUCCUACAUCCCUGAACUAAGGAGAACCCUUAUAGAGUCCAAACCAGAGCUGAAGACACUACUCCUCGAAUUAAAGCUGCUUCUGGUCGAUUUGAAGCCUCUUCUGAUUGAUUUGAAGCCCUUACUUCUCGAACUGAAGCCCUUACUUCUCGAACUGAAGCCCUUACUUCUCGAACUGAAGCCUCUACUCGUUGAACUGCAUCCAGUGAAAUAUCAACUAACGAGGCUUUUCUUCACGUCCAAGCCAGAAGUGAAGGCGCUGCUUCUAGAGAUCCAGCCACUCCUCGUAGAUAUUACACAACUACUCUUAGUACAUUUGUCCGAAUCCUCAGUGGUCAAGCCACUUCCUUUGCCAGCGUUCAAGCAAUUUGCUUUGCCAGUGUUCAAACCACUCCCUGUGCCAGAGUUCAAGCCACUCCCUGUUCCAGAGUUCAAGCCACUCCCUGUGCCAGAGUUCAAGCCACUCCCUGUGCCAGUGUUCAAGUUGUAUAAGCCAAUAGUUCCAGGGUAUAGGCCAAGAGGCAAAGCGUAUAUGCCAAACAACCAGAAGUGGUAG